AUGAUAAGACCAACCCUCCUCUCCACCAUCCGCCUCAAUGCCUUCCCGAGCACCUCCAAACGCGCCUUCUCCCUCCUCAACCCCUCAUCGCGCUCGCACACCAACCGCAUCUUCGACCCCAUCCGCCAACCCAACGACCUGCAUACACUCACGCUCCUCAAUGCCUCCGACAACCGCUCACUAAUAACCUUCUGGACCGCGACCUGGUGUCAAACUUGCCAAGCCAUCAAGCCGCUCCUCCGACAACUCAUCGAAGAAGAAAAGAUUGGGGAGCGGGACGGCGGACUGGGCUUUGUGGAAGUGUUGAUGGACAGCACGUUGAUUGAGGACCUGCCUAUAAAAUAUCGCAUCAGUAGUAUGCCGACACUGUUGGCGUUUUCAAGACAGGAGGCGCAGUUCGAUACGAGGUUGACGCGGCCCGAGAAGAUGCGGAAUAAGGACUUUUUGAGGGAGUGGUUGGUGAAGGAGGCGCAGAGGGGAGGGAGGAUGGGCGGCGGCGGGGGCAGUGCGAAGGAAGAUGGCGAGCAGGGCAAAGCGGGUGAUGAGAAGUGA